GCUUGUCGGAUGCUUGUCAGUUCGCAUUUAGCUUACCAUUAUCAAGGCUCAAAGCCUUUCGUAGAGGACGACGGAGCGCGAUUUACAAGGAAUUUUUGGAUAACGGCCCUGUUGAAUUGGGAUCUUCACUAUAAGGUGUGGCGGAUAAAUUAAUAUGUGAAUGAAGCAUCUGAAAAGCAGCAGAGGAUGUUCGUGCUUCCUAAAGAAUGUGCAUGAAUGAUCUUUCUCAUGAGGAUACUUGAUAAAUAAAUACAUAUGGUGACAGAAUGAAUCAUGCCCUUGGCUGGUAAGAUGAUUCAUAAGAGAAAAAACUCCAGACAGAUUCCAGACAAAAACAACACUGUUAACAUAGAACUACCAACAAUGACAUGUUUGACAAAGAGAACAUUUACUCAGACCAAAUGACUACAGGCGAAAUAGAUUUAAUAGGAUUUAAUCAAUUGGACAACAGAUAGCAGCAUUGUGAAAUAUUCAAGCCUUGAGAUGGAGUUGGAACGGCAUGAAGUCACAGAGGAAGAGACCUUCUCCAAGGCUGGCCAGGACAAUCCAGAAGACAAGAAGAGCCAGGGUCACUCUUGUGAACUCUGUGGAAGAAGCUUUCCAUUCCUCAGCUCCUUGUCCCAGCACAUGAGGAAGCACACAGGGGAGAAACCUUACAAGUGCCCCCACUGUGAGCACCGCUCGGCACAGAAGGGUAGCUUGAAGGUGCACAUUCGCAGCCACAAACUUGACGGUCUUAGCCAGAGUGCCGGUGGUGAGGAAGAAGACGUGGACGAGGAAGGGGAGAAGGAAGGAGGGGUACCGGAAGAUCAAGGUGGUUGUUCCAGCCCAACUGAGAGCACCUCGGCCUGCAACAAGGUAGUCAACAGUGAGGAUGAGACCAAAACAAGGAAGAAAAGUGUGAAGAAGGAAAGGACAUCUAGUGAGAAUGGCAAAAAUCCAAUGCAAUGCUCUCUGUGCAGGAAGAGACUGCCCAGCCAAGCAGAUCUUGAACAGCAUAUGCAGGAGUUUCACAAGGUCUUCCAAUGUGAACUGUGCCCUUACGAGGCCUUGCAGGAGGACCAACUGCAAGCACACAUUGAGAAUGUACACCCCAUUGAAGAAGACUCCAUCACCAAAGAAGCCCCUACCAGUGAGGAGUCUGAGAGUGGACUAUGUAAAGGGGAGUUUCCAUGUGAACAAUGUGACCAGGUGUUUACUCAAGCUUAUUUUUUGAAAGCACACAUAAAGAAGCAUCAGAACAGCCUAGAUCAUGGGUGCCGGAUCUGUGGACGGCGUUUUCGUGAGCCCUGGUUCCUUCGUAGCCAUAUGAAGACUCACAACACCAAGUUAAAACCAAAGAGCGACUCUUACCAUCCUGCUACGGUCAACGAGGUAGCACAGGAGGAGUCCAACUUGGUGAGCGAAGUGUGUCUGUAUGAACUCUGUGCCAAGUGUGGUAACUUCUUUCAUGACCGCAAGAGCCUGCUAUUGCAUGAGCAGGUCCACAGAAAUGUUGAACAGGCUCCUAACAAUGCAAUGUGCAUUGAUAAGGACUUUGCAUCGGUCUCCAAGACAAGCUUUUUGUGGUGCCUAAAUUUGAAGCCAGCAGGAAAAGAGGAGAACUCUAUUGAGGGGAUUCUAGGCAAAAGAAUACGAGAGUUGGAUCCUGUAAGUAGCUACCAAGCUUGGCAGCUAGCCACCAGAGGCAAAGUGGUGGAGGUAUCAGAGAAAAGCCUGGGCUGGGAGGAGAGGUUAGCGGAUGCAGAUGUUGCGUACGACAGAGAAAAGGGCGAGUAUGUCCUGAUAAGACAGGACAGGCGAAAGAAACAGCUAGAGUCCUCUUCGAGUAUCCCAACCAAGAAACGUAGAGCUUCUGGAAUCAAUAGCUCCAACACUGAACACCACAGCAAUGGGGAAAGGAAUGGUCUGGCCUCAACGUGUGAGCGAAGCCCAGAGAAUCUGAGUGAUUCUGAGUAUCGCCCAACUUCUCGGCCCAGCCGGAAGAAUUCCCAGAAAACCUCAGAGUGCUUGGAGUGCGGGAAGGGUUUCCGCACACAGCAACAGAUGGUCAUCCACAUGCUCAUCAGACAUGGUGGCUUGGGUGAAACCAUUGGCGGAAAUGGACUGUUCCAUAAACAAGUGUCCAGUCCAUCUAAAACAGGGGAAUCUGCAGAACACUUCAGGGAUCAAAGAAACACAGGGUCCUCUGGGGACACAGAUAAAAAGCCAUACACCUGUGACCACUGUGACUUUUGCACCUCAGAGCCCUUGGCCAUCGCUGCCCACAUCCAAACCCAUCAUUUGGUGAUCGGGGACUGGGGCCGGAGGAGUGAUGCCUUAACCAGCUCACUCAGCCAAAGCCAAACUCAACAAACCAUCAACACGGGCUUACCCAGGUUGAGAAAUGCCCUGCUGCAGCAGCCUUACUGGCCUUACACCACCUCGACUCACCUGGAGAGGGCAGCACUAAGCUAUGCUGCUUCGUCUGCUUCCAAGAAUGAGGAUGAAAAGAACAAGGGUGCGGAAGAGAGUAGCUCCACUGAUAAUGUGGAUUCUAAUCUGCUUAACCUCACCAUGGAGGUGGAUAAUGAGAAGGAAGGGGUUUCAUCUGCAGUUUUGAACAAUCUGCUGAAGCACCCAUGCCCUUAUUGCUCCUAUGCAACACUCUACCUAGAAGUUCUCUGGAUCCACCAACGAAUUGCACACAAAGUUGACAGCACUACACUGGUGCCUAAGUGGGCCCCAAGGAAUGGCCUCAAGGGGCCCAAAUCACUCCUUGAUUUCAUGAGACGUACUGGGCCACCUCCAUUUCUGGAGGGUAAGGACUGUCCCUCUCUGCCACAUACAAGAACCUCCCGAACAAGUCCACCUGAUUCCGGCCCUGGAUGUACGAAGAAAUCAAAAUCUUUGAAAAGUAGCAUAGAGUCCAGCUCCUCACAAAACAAGAGCUGGCACACAGCCACAGCUCCAGGGACAUCGUCUCUCUUGUCCAAACACAAGACCAGCAAAUCCAGGACAGAUGAAUUGGCAGGCAGCAAACGCAAAGUAGACAUCCAUCAAAAUAGUUUCUCUCGGCCCAUUUCUGCAUGUCCGCAGAAGACCGGAAACCCAAAGACAGGGAGCAGAGUGAUGGAGAGUAGUCUUCUACCUCAAGAAGGACUUCAUUUUAUGCUCUCUAGCAAACACAACCUCAGUGAUCAGAGGAGCUCCAAAGCCCACGCUCUUCAAACCCCUGGGAGAUCUGAUUCUCAAGCUCAGAAUACACAGUCCUUGGCAGGGUACAACCCCUGGAGCAGACUUGGUUUGAGUGGACCAUCUUCUCACUCUCAGUCCAAGAGGCAGUCAUCAUCUGACAGUCCAGAAGCUGUGACUAACAUCUUGAGUUUCUUAAAGAACUGCAGCCCUCAUGAUCUGGCUGCGCUCUACCACCACUGGGGCUUCAGCAAUGCCAUGGUAGAGCAAACAGGGAUGGUGAGGUCAGGGUCUCAGCAAGGGGAGUAUGUGUGUCCCGUCUGUAAGAAGACCUUCAACCAGCCUAGCCAUUAUCGCACACACAUGAGAUCCCACACAGGUGAGCGACCCUUCCAGUGCCGAUAUUGUCCUUACAGCGCCUCGCAGAAAGGCAACCUGAAGACCCAUGUCCAGACUGUGCACCGUCUAGCCUUUGACAAUGCGCAGUACCCCGAUAGGAGACUCCGCCAAGCCCCUACCAAUGAACCCACGGACUCCACCAGCCACGGACCAUCUCAUUGAGCUUUCACCCGCCCCCUCACAAGUUCAACUAAGGGUUGAAAACUACUACAUGGGUCAUCCAAGGUCCCUUAAAGUCCAUGAAGAACUGUAUGAUGUAUGAGUGGCCCGCAUAGACCUGCAUUGAUUUCCCUUAGGAAUUUAAAAAAAACUUUGGCUACAGAUUUGUUUAUUUGUGUUUUUAGUUUAGUUUGACUUUUCUGUGUAUGUCUGUUUUUAUUUUAAUCCGAUAUGAAGUUCUAGAUUAAACCGAGAGGGCCACAAACGACGCAGAACAGACUAAACUGCAUCAACGAACAUGUUUGCAACAUGUUAACACCUCCCUAAUUGAGGACUUAUGAAAUACUUGAGGGCUAAAGCCUCGGCAACACAAGGUCAGAGCUGAUUUGAUAGUGACCUGUUUUCUCAAACCCAAGGACUUCUGCUGAUCCCCUAAACUUGAAAUGCUGCCUCUGAAUACCCUGAAUGAAAAGUUGUUAGGGUGGAAGUUCAUCCAAAAAAACAAAAAAAACAAUUCUGUCAUAAUUUUCUCACCCUGCUGUUGUUCCAAACUCCUAUGUCUGUCUUUAAGGUGCAGAACACAAAAAGACACAUUUUAAAGGAUGUCUCUGAUUUCAAUACAAUGACAGUUGAUAGUGACUCACUUUAAAGCUUAAAAAGUGACCCAAAAGUCUCAUAAAAGUAGAAAAGCUUGAGUGAAAAAUGAAAGCAAGUAUACGAAGGCUUCGUUGAAGUUCUUUUUCGUUCAAAGCUUGAAAGAAGGUCGAAACAGUUGAGCAAUGGUAAACUGGCGAUGCAAGUAUUACUUUCUGACGGUAAUGAGAGAUUAUGAAAACAAACAUUUUGUAUCUCUUUAGAAUAACAUGCACCGCUAAACAAUUCACAAUAAAACCAGAAACUUAUAUUAAGAAAGGAAACUGAUUCAACUUUCUUGUUUACAACAUGUUGUCAUUUUAUAGCAGGGUAACAAUUAAGGGAACAAGUUAAAUUUUUUUACAACUUGUAUUUUUUAUUAAAAAUGCUGUCAUCAUUUUCUCACCUUGCUAUUGUUCCAAACUCCUAUGUCUGUCUUUAAGAUGCGGAACACAAAAGGACCAAUUUUUAAGGAUGUCUGAUUUCAAAACAACGACAGUUGAUAGUUGAUAGACUCAGUUUAAAGCUUAAAAAAUGACCAAAAAGUCUCAUAAAAGUAGAAAAGCUUGAGCGAAAAAUGAAAGCAAAUAUACGAAGGCUUCGGUGAAGUUCUUUUUAGAGCUAGAAAGAAGGUCGAACAGUUGAGCAAUGGUAAACUGUUUGCAAACACCUGGGCAUCAACCGCGCCACUGGGGACGGCAUUUAAUAGGAAACACACUAACUGUUCUGUCAACAGACUACAAGUAAAACAUUAACGAAUGUGGUCUUAAAUUGUGUAAUCAAUUACUACAUGCCUUAUUAAUAAAACAUAAUCCUCAUGAGAUCAGUAAAAGAAGGCAUUUCAACCACUCAGCAAUGAUGUUUAGGCAAAUAUGCAGUGGAUAAUGUGUCGUUUACCAUGUUUACAUUCUGUAUUCAUGUCGUUAAUGCUAACACUAACCAGCCUUAUUUGGCCAUAGUAUACACAGGUUACCAUAAGGCCAUAUUGAUUAGGGGUAUUGAUACAGAUUUCCUGAUUCGAUUACGAUUCAUAAGCUUUCGAUUUUGAUUCGAUUUCGAUUCGAUUCAAUAUCGAUUCAUAUGGGUUUAUUUCAGUUAUAAUGUCGCUUUUGCUUACAUAUGAAAGAAAUGAUCUCUCAGAUAAUCCUGUUAAUUAUACAGGGGACCUUUUAACAAGGUACACUACGAAAAUAUUAGUUGUAUUAAUUAUAUAUUUUUUUGUUUUUCAUCACUUUGGUCACACUUUUAAAAAUACACACAAGCAAUAAAUAUGAUAAUAUAUUGCAUAUAUUAUUUUUUGUUCAAGUUUUAUUGUUUAAUAACAUAAUUUGUACUAUUUACAGGUAUUUACAUUGAUUUGUUGAACACGUGUUAAAAACCGGUACUGUCUCUUUAAGAAAGACAGCAUUUCUGUAAAGAGUGUCUGUAAAUGUGCGCAUGUUAACGAGACACUCGAAUGACUUUCUCAUCUGUCCUAUGAGUGAUUCGAAUUAAAUGUUUCUUUUUUGUUGUUUUUGAUAAACAACUGAUUAUAAAGAACAGAAAGGGUAUUUAAAAAGACAUUAUUUCAUGACAAAUGGGUAACGUGGAUCUCGUCUUUGGACACGCAUUACACGGAACAACUUUUACUCUCAACACGCAGUGAAAGGAUCUCGCUGCUGAAUACUCCUCCACUGUACUACACAAUUACUGUUAAGUGAAAUCUGAACAUUGACCAGCCAGUUGUCAAUUUACAUUUUAGUUACAUAGCUUGAAAUUUGGUUGCUAAUGAGAAUGAUUUCCUCUCAUUGUAGUAGAGAGUUGUUCAUAGAGUAAAAGGUCGAUCUUGUGAUUUAAAUAUCUAUAUCGAUAUCGUUCAAAUGAAGAUUAAUCAGAAAAUCUAUAUUUUUACCCACCCCUAGUUACCAUAUUUUAUUGUAUUUUAUGAGAAUUUUGUUUUAAAGGAUUCAUGAAAAAGGUUUUUUUAUACUUGUUUUUUUAAAGAAAGAUAUUAAAGCUCUGCACUCCAGUGUGUUGACUGAUCUUGACUGAAUGAAGUAACUAACCGGGAAAAAGAGGUUGGCGUCAAAGUAGGUGGAGCACCCUGAUUACAUUGACCAAUGGCAGUAAAAGGUGUUUAACAGCCAGUACAAAGUUUGGACUUGAAAGCUGUUCCAACAAACUCAAACCGCAACAAACUCAAAAACACCAGCAAUCUUUUUGUCAAGAUUUCGUUUGAAAUUAUGUCACACCCGUUCUAUCUUUGAUUUCGCUAGAAGUAUACUGCUGCCUUGACAUGCAAGUCAUAUGGACUACGUUUAUGACAUUUUUAUUUGAGGCGGUUUUUAAACUUUAAAGUGAGUCACUAUCAGCUCCCAUUUGUAUUAAGUUCUGCAAACGGGACAUCCUUUAAAAUUCCUCCUGUGUGCCGCAGAAGAAUGAAAGACAUACAAGUUUAGAAUGAUAUGAGGAUGAGUAAAUGACAGAAUUUAGAUUUUUGGGUGAACUAUUCCUUUAUUGAAUAGCCUUAGUGUGCAGUGUGUGUAAUUUGUGAGAGAAAGUGUGUGUGUGUGUGUGUGUGUGUGUGUGUGUGUGUGUGUGUGUGUGUGUGAGAGAGAGAGAGAGAGAGAGAGAGAGAUCGUGUUUUCCACAUUCAACUUCUCAGGACUUGAGUGAGACAAUUCCAAAGCCUGUAUUCAUUUACAACAUUCAUUUACAACCAGUGCAUAACUGUACAAAGAAGAGACAUGCAGUGAAAUUUAGUACUUAGAUUUGAGUUUGCUUAUUAUAGAGGAGUGUGUUUUGUCACAGGUUGGACAAACACUUGGCGAAUCUAAAUAUGUCAUUAGCAUUUUGUAUCCUGGAUUUAAGUAUUUAUGUGCAGCUGUAAUGCUACUGCUAAUGUUAAUGUAGGUUUCCACUUGCAUUGAGUGUCAUGUUCAGUUACAUAAGUGACAGUGUUUCAGAAAUCAUCUCUCUGGAGAGUUUAAAGUAAAGAGACAUGCCGUAUUUUGCAUUAGUCAUCUGUUUAGUCCAACAAAUAAGGAAUAUUAUGUGUCUAUGCGUUUAAUUUUCGAUGUAGCUUAAACAAGUUUUUAUGUGUUUCCCUUUUUUCCAUUUAACAUGUUUGCCUCAAUAAGUGGAUUCUGAAUUACUGUAUCCCAAAAGAGAAAGAAAAAUAAGUUGAUUUAAUGACGCAUAAGGUCUUAAAGCCAUGUUACAAUGCUUAAGUUGUUUGAUGAAGGAUCUGUUUGAAACGUAACGUGCAGAAUUGCACGUUCUCUGUAUAAUCAUUUAAAUUAUUACAUUAUAGAGAGACUAGUAAUUAGUGCAAAACUAGAUUGGGGGAUAAUGUAUUUAUAAUGUUACUUAUAAAGCUUUAGAAUGCCAUAUUGUUUAGAGGUUGAAUACUUAAAUCAAAGUCAUUCUUGGCCAUAUAUUUCUAUGGAUGUUGUUUAUGGCAAUUAGGAUUAUUACAGCUGUGUACAUUUAAAUACAUUCAUAUUUGUACAACAGUCACAAAUUAACGUUCAUCUAGAGCAUUUAUAUUGCCUAAAGCAAUGUUUCGGAUACGAAGCCAAGAAAUCUGAUCCUACAUUAUGGAAUUGGCUCUCAUUUAGAAGAACUUCCAGUGUGAAUCUGUGUUGAUGUACAGCAAUCAAACUGAACUGAACAGACCCCAAUACAUGUUGCAGGAUAAGCAGGGGUGACCCAGGAACUGCGAGCUAGUGAGAUACACAGUUCUAUCACCAUUGCCAGCAAGGCACUUAAACCUAGGAAGCUCCAUAGGGACUAAAUGUUCCUGUAAUUGGUGUCUUGCAAGUUGCAUUGAAUGGAAUGUGACUGCUUAAUAGCAAUUUACUAACAGUAAAUCUUGGAAACUUGAAAAAAAAAAAAAAAAAAAAAAAAAAGUGACACAAGAAGCAUUAAUAGUUUUUUUCUUAAUAGUUUUUUACUAAAUUAAACCCCCUAAGUAUACUAGUGCAGAAGACCUAAAAAACGAAAUAGCAUAAACGUUAUGAAUUCAUUUGCAAUUGGAUUGUUUUUCUUUAUGUAACACUAUUAAUUUUGUGGUUUGAGUAGUACUAGUAAUUGAAUGUAUGGCAUAUAUUUUGUGUGGUUAAGAGUUUUUUCCCUCCAUGUUUUUUUUUUUUUUUUUUUUUUUCAGAGCUCAAUGAAGCACACAAAACUGUCGACUUGUUCUCCUCAGAUCAUCUGCAUCUCAAUCUCACAUACAUUAUCCAUUGUUGAAGUUUUGAACCACCUAAAUUAAACUUUACCCCUGAGUUUGGUCUAAA